AUGUUAGAUCUAGGCAGAGCUCUUCGACGUCGGGUCUCCAGAUCCAUCUCUUUACGGUAAAUCACAUUUCGAUGGUGGAUAAUAUAAUCUCGUUCAGAAAGCCUUCGUUCCGUCGUCCGAUGAGCAAGAAAGUGCCCAAUGUUCAGCCCCAGAUAGAAUCCGAUUCAGAUGCGCCGGACUUGGACGCGGAACGGCGGCGUCGGAACAUCAGAUUGUAUGUGUAUCGUCUGUACGAAGUGAGGAAGUAAGUUAAUGUCACGACAGCCGUGUCUGACUGUUAGUGUCAAACGACCCCAAAUUGGAUGUUGUUUACCUAUUAGGCAAGUGUUAGGCCAAGUUCGGGCCAAAACAACCAUCUGGCUGUAGUAUAUUAUAGUAGGUUUUAUCCUCUUAUCGUUGUUUUCUCUUCCAGUUGGCUGGCUGAAUGUCUGACCGAAGCGGAUGUGCCUUCUCCUAUCGAACUCGAAGAGGCCCUCAGGAGUGGAGUGUUGCUAGCUAAACUUGCCAAUUAUUUCGCGCCUGAUUUGGUGCCCUUGGAGAAGAUAUUCGACUUGGACCAGGUGCGUUUCUUAUUUUAGGUAUGUUUACAGUUUCAGAGUCGGCUCCGGGACGAGGGAUACAAUUAUCGUCACACUGACAACAUAAAUCUCUGGCGUCGGGCUUGUUUAUCGGUCAGAAUCAAAGAAGUAAGUGCAAUAUUGUUGUAGAUGAUGUAAUUGGGUUACAGAUUUUAGAUAACAUUUUUGAAAUGUAAUUUAUUGUGCAUUCGAUCGAAAAAUACAAUAUUACAACGAAAUAUCAAUUAUUUUUUACUUUAUUUUUUUAAAUAACUUUAUAAAAUUGUAGUAGUUUAUUUUAAUUCAAAAAAUUGGUUUUGUUACUUUAAGUUGAUGCUCAUUUUAGAUCGUUCUUUCUGACCCACUUGAUGUAUACGCUGGGCGUAACGUUAAGACGGUCUUGGCCUUGGUGACAUUGGCCAACCAACUAUACAGACUCAGAAAGUCACCACCAAUUCGCGAUCAGACAGGAAAUGUCAGUUUUACUGGUAAGUUUUCUUCUAUCAAUAAAUGCUUAUUGUUCGAAACGGCAUCAAAGUGCAACCUGGAAGUCUUACAAGGCACUAUUACUGUAACAUGAACUACGAAGUUUAAUUUGCUAUUGAUGGGUUUGAUUUACAGAAGAAACGUACAAUAUUGUUGGUUCAAAAGGUAUGUUCCUCAACGGAAACUUUGCUCUUGGCCCAACGACAGCUCAAGCCAUUGCUCUACCUGACUCUCCUACCGUGGAGAUGGUGUUGAAGGCUGUGAAGGACGCCAUUUUGGAAAAGGUAGACAAUUAUAAUAUAUUUUUGCUUAUUAUAAUUUAAAAAGUAGAUAACAAUCAUUUUACGAUAUUUUUUCAGAACUUAACGGCAUUUAAAAAGGCUUUGACAUCUACCACCUUCAUCGUCCAUGUUGACCAAGACUAUUUGGACGAGUAUUUUGGAGUUUUGGUGACAAAUUUUGAAAACAACAUUGAUGCUGUCACUUUGGAUGAAAUUCAAAGCAUUAUUGUCAGUAUCAACAGGACUAAUGGCCUCAGCAAGUUGUACGAAUUGUUGAAGACGAAGGAAGUGGACUUGAACGUGUUUGCUCAUAUUAUUUUAAGUUUGGACGUUUGUGACGGUCGGAUCCUGGAGGCGUACUUGACGGUUUACUUGGAUGAGUUGAGGAUUCUGUGGGAAAAGGAAGAGUUUGAUCUCAGGAGCAUUAAGAAGGUCAUUGCGAGUAGGUUUUAUCUCUUUUUUAUAGUUGGUUUUGUAGAAACUAACUUUAUAUAAUUUUUGGUAUUAUUGGUUAGUUUUAAGAAACAUUACGUGGAAAUUUAUAGUCUAAGGAAGAUAAUGGGUAUCUAAAGCAAUAUAGAGAGUGUGAAUGGCGGUUUGCAGUAGGCGUUAUGGGUCUUCUUUAUUACUUUUCAUAACCAGGCGUUUAUAUUAUAAUUCGUUUUAGUCGUGAAUGCAGCAGCAGACCUUCGCGAAGCUACGUUUGGAAGACAUCCGACUAGAAUCUUUGAAGUUUUGAAGGAUCCCAAUCUGCAUCUGAAGGUCAACAUCACGCCAGAAUGUUCGGAACGGUACGCUGCUAAUCUGAUUGAAUAUUACUCGGAGCCAGAAGCUCCGUUACUCUACGGUUAUGGUCUUAAUUGUUUGCUUCAACAGGCCGACUUGUUCCUCUGUAAGUUUUGUAGGUAUGAGGAUGUAUUCUUGAGGACUGUUAUGGGUUUUUAUGAAUUUGACAUGUAGGUAUUGUUAGUUUAGGGCAGUUAUUGGCUACAAGGAACUGGAUAUGCUUUGGAAUGACUUUAAACGUUUAGUUCUUUGAGUUCCGGUGUUUAGGUAACAUUAUGCAUGAUUGCUUAUAACAAAUAAUUUCAGUUAGAACCGCUGUCUCGGAAAUGGAUAAAACUUUUAUAGCGACGAUUCUGAGACGAGCAUCGCCUGAUUAUGUGGACGAGAACACUCCCUUCUACCUAAACCAGAUCUUUCUGUUUGACGAGGAGGACUUGGACGACGCGUUUGCUCACUUGGCCAAGCUUGUUGAGGACGUGAAUCAUACGGUGGACGUCGAAAAGAAGAUUGCCCUCCAACGUAGGUUUCAAGACUAAUUAGUUUAAAUUUGUUUAAACUUUGGCAUGCCUAUUUGUUUUCAUGGUUUCCAUUUCAAUUCCAGUGUUCGCCUUGAAUGAAGCCCUUCUCAAAAACAAUCGUAAAGACUUUGACCAGGCUGUGGAGGAGAUAUUGCUCCUAAUCGAUUCCCCGGUCAAGCCCUGUUGCCAGCUGAGCAACGUGUUCAACCUCAUGGACGCCGAACUGAUCAGAAUUUCGGAGGGAAAGAAACAGAAGCGCCUCUACUGUAUGAAGCACGACUUUGGUCUAGGGGAGAUCAGAGUGCAGCAGGUGGACGAAAAUGGCAACGAACAGCUGGUCGUGGGUUCGGCCGAUACUGUAACCGCUAAAUUACAGCCAUGGGCACUGACUUUGGCCGAGUUUCAGGUAGGUCCGGGCUGCUUUAUUAUAUUUUAUAAUUUUAUAGCUUGACUAAAAAUUUUAGAAUCAGUAAUUUAAACUAAACCUAAACUUUUUUAUAAUGCAAUAGAAAUAAUUUGAAAUUCUAUAAACUUUUCGACCAAAAGAACCCUUAAAAUCGAAAUUUGUUGUUAUUAGUAAGCCCGUUAAAUCUUUACUAUUUUUAUAAAAUUGUUACACUUGAAUGGGUUUAGGGAUGCAUCGAGAAGGCCUUGGAGCAAUUCGAAGAUGACAACAUUCUUGUGGACACUCCAGUCACGCAAGCCCUCAAGGCGUUGAAUGAUAACGAAACUCUGUUUGACUUGAGUAAGUAUGAUAUAUUUACGUUACUUGUAGGUGUCUUUGUUACAUAUUAUUUCAUUUAUAUUUUUUUUAUUUUUGAUGAGGAACUGUUUUGGCUUUAGUACCGUAGACAUUGUGAACAAAAACAGCUCUUUGGUUAGUAUUAGACAGUUAAUCCCUUUUACUUUACAUUUUCAGUGAAUUCAGCCUCGCCCUCCCUCGGAUCGUUCAGAAAACUGGUACAGGUUCUUCAGAAGAACUCCAAUAUAUACGAUGAAGAAAUAUGUAAGUUAACCUUUACUCAGAGUAAAAGUUUAUUUUUUAUUUGAAUUUCAUUAUUUUGUAAGGCUGUAUGGUGUAUAUUACAGUAUUGGAAGACUUGAAAACCCAAGCGAGAAAGAUAAUCGAGAGUAACAUGGAAAUGCACCAUCGCCUCAGGGAAACGGAGCAAAGCAUUGGCUUGUUGGUCAAGAACUUCCGCAGUUUAAAUGUAAGUAGGUUAUUACACUAAUAUUUAAUUGUCCGUGGAGUGUAUGGCCAAUGUUUGUCUGAAUAUUGUUUUUGUGACAAUUUGCGUUUGAAUCUUGUUUUUACGCAAUUAACUUAAUUUAUCUGUCAUUUAGAGGCCAGAGGACCCAAAGGCGGUCAAAAAACAAAAGGAUAACAGUGUCAGCGAACCUAAUGUAACUUUGUCGGACACGAGCUUAAUUGAUUGGCCUGAUGAGAAGUUGGCUAGCGACAUUAUGUUGGAGUAAGUAAACAAAUUUGGAUAAAGAUAUAGUUUUGUACUUAUUCUAUAAUAAGAUUUUUGACAAUGUUUUGUAUUCAAGCGUUUAAUGUGAUGAUAAUAACUUUUAGGACAAAAUUGUUGGUGGUCAAGUUGUUGAGAAGCGGACUUGAAGGAGAAACCGUCAAAGAUCUGAUGGAGAACGCCGAGUUCUCUGGAGUUGACGACGACAAUUUGGAAGAGGUGAACGAACUUCAAGCGAAACUCAAUAUGAAUGUCAACUCGUUACUGAAACAAGGCCUUUUGACUAGUACUGGGGACUUUUCUGACAUCCUACGUUCUAUGGCGGAGGUAAGACUGCAACAUUUACCCUUUUAUAUUACAGUAAGGGUUAUGUCAGGGCAAAAAAGUUUGAUAUAUCAUUAUUUGUUGUAUAAAGUUAUCGAAAGUUUUAAAAGUUGUGACUUUAGGACAUUCGGGAAGACCGUGAACGCCGAGAAAGUCGACUGGUCGAGAUCAGGGAUCUUCAGAAUCUUCUUGGCUACAGCGAGAGACAGAAGAAGGAAAUGCAAUCCCAGAUCGAGAUGUACGAAGCAUACGAACAUGGUUGCAUUGAGAGUAUUGUUGGAGGGUAUGUCAAUGUGAAACUAGCUCUACUAGUAAAAGAAUGCUGUUUUUGACAGUUUUCAAGUUGUUGAGGUUUGAAAUCUUGUAAUGGUCAAUUCUUUUUGUAGUAUCCCAUCAAUUGCUUUGGCUGACGAUGGAAGCAGGAAGGUCAAGAAGUUUAUCCAACGCAAACUGAAGGCCGUCGGUAAGCGAGAAGCCAUCUCACUCAACUCUGACAAACUUAUCAGAAAGAAGUUGUUGUUCAUGGACGACCCCACCACACCCAAACAGUAAGUUAACCUUGCGAAUAAUAUACUACUUCAAAACACAUAGAUAAUAGUGUUACAUUCAACGCUUUAUAUAUUUUUAACUAUGCCAGUUUUUUAACGAAUAUCUUUUCAGAGUAUCGAAAUACUCGAUCAAAAUUUCGCCCGCCGACGAAGUUGGCCACUACAAGAUCGAGUGCUACCGUCAGAACAAGUUCGAAACUGCCAAGACGGUGGACUUUGAGAAGUUGCUACGCCGUGAGGACGAAGAAGAAGUCCGCCUUCGAUUCCACGGCCCCCUCGUCUUUAAUUGCUCAGAAUUAAGAAAGUUCAUCGAUCUUAAAUUCCACUACAAGAUUUCCUCAUAA